CUCCUCUCCCAUUGUAUUCCCUCCAUCCAUAUCCUUUCCCAUCCGGAAGAAAGAAUCGGAGGAGGAACGGCAGCAGAGGAAUACAGCAAUACAUUGCAGAUUUCCAAAGAGGAGUUUCCACUCUCGCUCACAUUGCACAGAGCCACAUGGACUAAUUCAUCAGGCACCAGAGAAACCAUGGAGAGCAUCACUCUUAUCUGCAUUACCUUCUUUUGACCUCUGCCCGCAACUCGUACAAUUUAGCACAGUAUUGACAGUGUGGUAUUUUAACUUGAAUGUAAAGCUGGGCGUUGCUUGGUUGAGAGAACUCUAGCUACAUCUAGCCUUGUUAACAUCCAAUGAAAAGAGCUUGGAUAUUAUUGCCCUGGGGAGGGGAAAAACACACCCUUCUUUGCUGGUGUAGACCUGGAUGCUGAUGUCCGAGAACUAGGCUGGAUGGCCCUGCUCCUACCGGGACCCUCUGAUCCAUGGACUCUUGAUCACAAUUGAGCAAAGUAACAGCCAGCAGAAUUUUUUCAGGCACCCUUCCUUUGGACCAUCUCUCUUUAUUAAAAGUCUUUGCUGGGACAAUCUUUGGUGCCUACUUGAGUUUGGAUGGUGACACAUUUUAGCAAAGCUUCUCUUCUUGGCUAACUCUGUACAGUAUGGCUGCAGGAGUGGCAGCAUGGCUGCCUUUUGCCCGGGCAGCAGCCGUGGGCUGGCUCCCAUUGGCCAAGAAGCCUAUGCCCAAGCCUCCUGUUUACAAGAAAUGCCGCAACGAUGAGAUCUUGGUGGUCAACGUCAGUGGGAAACGUUUCCAGACCUGGAAGAAUACCCUGGACCGUUACCCAGAUACCCUGCUAGGCAGCUCUGAGAAGGAAUUCUUCUAUGAUGAAGACAGCAAGGAGUACUUCUUCGACCGUGACCCAGAGAUGUUCCGUCAUGUCCUCAACUUCUACCGUACGGGCAGACUCCAUUACCCCCGCCAAGAGUGCAUACAGGCAUUUGACGAAGAGUUAUCAUUCUAUGGAAUCAUCCCCGAGCUAAUUGGCGACUGCUGCUUGGAGGAAUACCGCGACCGCAAGAAGGAGAAUGCUGAGCGCCUUGCUGAGGAUGAAGAAGCCGAGAUAGCCACUGACACUGGCUUGCCGCCAGACAGCACAUUCCGCCAGCGGCUCUGGAGGGCGUUUGAGAACCCCCACACCAGCACCAUAGCUUUGGUCUUCUAUUAUGUGACUGGGUUCUUCAUUGCCGUGUCUGUCAUUGCCAACGUGGUGGAGACCAUCCCGUGCCAGCCCCCUCCGGGCAAGAGGAGAAACCAGCCCUGCGGGGAACGUUUCCCCAAAGCUUUCUCCUGCCUGGACACCGCCUGUGUCCUCAUCUUCACCUUUGAAUAUCUCAUGCGGCUCUUUGCUGCACCGAGUCGGUUCAAGUUCAUGAAGAGCGUGAUGAGCAUCAUCGAUGUGGUAGCCAUCAUGCCCUUUUACAUUGGGCUGGUGAUGCCCGAAAACGAAAACGUCAGUGGAGCCUUCGUGACACUGAGGGUCUUCCGGGUCUUCCGUAUCUUCAAGUUCUCGCGCCACUCACAGGGGCUGAGGAUCCUAGGCUAUACCCUGAAGAGCUGCGCCUCGGAGCUGGGCUUCCUCCUCUUCUCGCUCACCAUGGCCAUCAUAAUCUUUGCCACCGUCAUGUUCUAUGCUGAGAAAGGCACUGCGAAGACCAACUUCACCAGCAUCCCCGCUGCCUUCUGGUAUACGAUUGUCACCAUGACCACACUUGGCUACGGCGACAUGGUCCCAAGCACCAUUGCAGGGAAGAUCUUUGGCUCCAUCUGCUCUCUAAGCGGGGUGCUGGUCAUCGCUCUUCCUGUGCCCGUCAUCGUGUCCAACUUCAGCCGCAUCUACCACCAGAACCAGCGGGCAGAUAAGCGGCGAGCUCAGCAGAAAGUUCGCCUGGCGCGGAUCCGGCUGGCCAAGAGCGGCACUACCAACGCCUUCCUUCAGUACAAGCGGAAUGGAGGCCUCGAGGACAGAGAUCCUGAUGCACACGUCUUGGCUGUGCGCAACCGGUCAGCCUUUGAACAGCAGCACCAUCACCUGUUGCACUGCCUGGAGAAGACGACUAGUCACGAGUUUACCGACGAACACUCCUACAGCGAGUUCUGCCUGACCGAACCCCUGGGCUACCGCACCAGCCGCAGCACCUCCCUCUCCUCGCAACAAGGAGGCAAGGGGGGGCUCGGCACCUCGUGCUGCCCCCGCCGCUCCAAGCGCCGCACCACCCGCCUGACCAACUCCACCAUGUCCGUGAGCCGCGCCAGCGCCCAGGAGCUGGACACAUUGCACAGCCAGAAGAGUGCUGCCCCCCAGAGCCGCUCCAACCUGAAUGCCAAGACUCAUGACAACUUGAAGCUGAACUGUGACACCACGGACUUCACAGCAGCCAUCAUCUGUAUCCCUACCCCUCCUGCCAACACGCCCGACGAGAGCCAGCCCCCCUCGCCUGGAGGCCCCGGCGGACCCUUACGCAAUUCCAGCCUCUCCACGCCGUACAUACUCCACGAGACUGUCAAGAUCUCCUCCUUGUAAGAGGAGAUGGGGGUGGGGUGCUUGUCCUUCCUCUGCCCAGAGUCUCUGCU